AUUUACACUUUGUUUGUUCUUUUGACAUGGUGCAGUUUUAUAUCUGGAGAUAAGGAUAAGCUUAGAAAGCAGAAUUAUUUACAAAUCAAUCACGCAUGCGCAAUGAUGAACUUACACUUCCUUCUUUCGCAAAACAAAUAAAAGAUCUGGGUUUCUUAGAAUUCCGUCAUCUAUGAAGUACUGUUACCUGGGCAAAGCGUCAAGUUAUUUCUGCGGAAGUUUUACGAUCACGAAGGUGUUGAUUUCCCAACCACCAAACAUCAACUGUUGAAUCAACUGCUGCUAAAUAAACUGCUGAAUAAACUGCUGCUAAAUAAACUGCUGAGUAAACUGCUGCUAAAUGAUCUGCUAGUGUACUAUGCAACAAUCAAUUUACUGGUAUCUGUGAUAUUAGAUAGAUAGCCAACUGCUGAUAAAGUCAUUACAAAAGUCAGUGUUACAAGACGACUGGCCACUACACACACGACGUAACGACGUAACUUCUACUGCUCACGAAGAUUAUCAAUAAGAAAUAUGCAACUCUACACAAUGCCAAAAACAUAUAUUUUACCGGUGCUUGGAGUGAUCAUUGCCAUGGCAACGGUUGCUACAGGGGCCACACCAGAGGCUUCCAAUUACCAUGAAUACUGUAUAAUUGGUGCUGGCCCAGGGGGUUUACAGAUGGGACACUUUAUGAACAAAGCUAACAGAAAUUAUAUUAUAUUUGAACGAGGGAAUGUAUCAGGCAAUUUUUUUGUCAAGUAUCCACGACACGAAAGACUGAUAAGUAUAAACAAGAGAAACACGGGGAAGACAAAUAAAGAAUUCAACAUGCGUCAUGAUUGGAACUCCCUCCUCAGUGAUGACGAAUCUCUUCAAAUACGACAUUAUUCAAAGGAAUUCUUCCCACAUAAAGAUGUCCUUCUAAAAUAUUUAGAUGAUUAUAAAAAUAAAUUGAAUAUUAAAGUACAAUAUCAAACCGAUAUUAGUAAUGUCAGAAAGAAGUUUAGCAAGCUCCAUGACAGAGAACUAUUUUAUAUGGAGGAUCAACACAAAACCACAUACACAUGCAAAGUUCUAAUAGUUGCCACUGGUUACUCAAAACCUAACAUUCCCAACUUUAAGGGAUCUGAAUAUACAGAAGGCUAUGAGGACAUAUCAGUGAAUGGAGAGGACUAUGAGGGUCAGAGUGUACUUAUCCUGGGAAGGGGCAAUACUGCAUUUGAGGUAGCAGACAGCAUUCUUGGGUAUACAAAUGUUGUACACAUGGUUGGCAGAUCAAGAGUGAGGCUCUCAUGGGCGACACAUUAUGUCGGGGAUUUAAGGGCUGUCAACAAUGGCUUACUGGAUACAUAUCAGCUCAAAUCUCUGGAUGGUUUACUAGAAUCUCCUGUUGAGGAUGCACAAUUCGAGAAACGUGAAGAUGGAAAAAUUUACUUGAACCUUGAGGGACUGAACCAGGAUGAUGCUGAAUUUGAUAACUUUGCUUUGCGAGAAGGUUAUGAUCGUGUUAUACGUUGUCUCGGGUUUAAAUUUGAUCAUACAAUAUUUGCAAACCACACAAGGCUUAACAAAGGAUCUGGAAGGAAAAGCAAAUUCCCCAAAAUUAAGGAAAAUUAUGAAUCUACAGAUAUUGAUGAUCUCUUUAUUGCUGGCACGGCUGGACAUUCUCUCGAUUUCCGCAAAUCAUCGGGAGGAUUCAUACAUGGCUUCAGAUAUACAGCUCUGGCCUUGCACAGAUUGUUAGAAUGGCGUUACCAGCAGGUAAAGUGGCCAUCUAAGACUGGACCAAUCACUGACCUUCUAAACACAAUUGUUAAGCGCAUCAAUGAAGCUUCGGGACCAUACCAGAUGUUUGCCAUGUUGGGGGAUGUCUAUGGCAUUAAUAAAGGUGGCACAGAGUAUGAAGUAAUUGAAGAGUUCCCUAUCAACAAUCUACAUCAACUGCCCAAUCUUACUGGUCACAACUUUGACCGAAUUAUAGUCUGUGUACUGCAAUAUGGGGCCAACUUCUCUGGGCCCGGAGAGGAUAUUUUCCGUCUGACUCGGGCAACUGGAGAGCCAGGAGAAGCACAUAUGUCCAACUUUCUGCACCCUGUCUUCUACUAUUAUGAAUCCCUUCCAACAGAGAACCAAAUGAAACAGAAAUAUAAAUGGGAGAUUUUGCCAAGACCCAAUAUGAUGCACCACAUCGUCGAAGAUUUCCUAACUCUCUGGGAUGGACCAACAAGCCACAUUCUACCCCUGAGGCGAUUCUUGGAGAACGUAAUCGGUGAUGAUCUCAGAAACUAUUUUGCUGAAGAUUGUUUAAAGAUGGCACUGACUAGUCAAACAGUUCCAUUAAACUGUGAAAAUUAUUUUCUUAAGGGACUAGGAAUUCCACAAAACAAUGACUUUGAGACUGUACUUCCACAGAUAUCCAAUCCUGAACCCCUGAGACCUGUAUCUGGGGCAUUCCUGUGAUUUGAACACCGUUUCACUCUAAAUUCUACACAUAAUUAAUUUUGUUCAAUAGAUAAGUGACGGGUGCAUUGAUUUUGCUAAAGGGAUGAUGUGUGGUCUUGGAGUUAUGAAAUGAAUUAUGUGUAGAAUCUAUUGAGAUCUCUAAGUAAACCUUACAACAAUGGUAUAGUAUACAUGUAUUCAGUUUGAUUAGCUUUUAUGCAGAUACUGCAUUUCAUAUUUUCUAAAAAGGGUAAUACGAUGUACCCUCUGUAA